GGAGUCUCGCUCUGUCGCCCAGGCUGGAGCGCAGUGGCGCGAUCUCGGCUAACUGCAAGCUCCGCCUCCCGGGUUCACGCCAUUCUCCUGCCUCAGCCUCCCGAGUAGCUGGCACUACAGGCGCCCGCCACCACGCCCAGCUAAUAUUUUGUAUUUUGUUUAGUAGAGUCGGGGUUUCACCGUGUUAGCCAGGAUGGUCUCUAUCUCCUGACCUCGUGAUCCGCCCGCCUCGGCCUCCUAAAGUGCUGGGAUUACAGGCGUGAGCCACCGUGCCCGUCCGAAACGAUUUUUUAAAAGUAAAAAUACCCUAAGGGCCAAACAAGGUACCCCUGUGGACUGGAUUUAGCUUUGGGCUGUUGUUCACCUAGGCUACUGAUUGUCAGGGAUGCUAUGACAUCCUUAUUGUGUAACUUAGGCAAAUCAGUUUACCUCCCUGAACUUCAGUGAGCUCAUCUGUAAAAUGGAUCAAGACCCAUCGUUAUGCGGAUCAAAUGAGACCAGGUGUGUAAGACGCUGAACAGCGCUGGCGCAUGGUAAGCACCCCACGCAUGACGCGACAGCGAUAGCUUGGGUGGAUGUUGAAUUGGUUAGGAUGUAUUCAAGGAGCAAGAUAUCCCAGAGGCCAGCGGAAUAGGCGAAGCCGAGAAAGAUGGAGAAAAGACGGCAGAGGAGAUAAAGAGGGAAUGGAAGAAGUGAGGAGGCAACAGGGUCCGCCCUCCAGGCGGGGCGCCAGGGAGAGGCCCAGGCCGGGGCGGGAGUGCACGUGGCCUAUUUCGGGCGGAGCAGAGGCACUGGGCGCAGCGGAGACCUCCAAGCCGGCCCCAGGAGACGGGCCGCGAGGGACACCAAGAUGCCUGGCGAACAGCAGGCAGAGGAAGAGGAGGAGGAAGAGAUGCAGGAGGAGAUGGUGCUGCUGGUGAAGGGUGAGGAGGAUGAGGGUGAGGAGAAGUAUGAGGUGGUGAAACUCAAGAUCCCCAUGGACAACAAGGAGGUCCCGGGCGAGGCGCCCGCGCCGUCCGCCGACCCGGCGCGUCCCCACGCGUGCCCCGACUGCGGCCGCGCCUUCGCGCGCCGCUCCACGCUGGCCAAGCACGCGCGCACGCACACGGGCGAACGGCCCUUCGGGUGCACCGAGUGCGGGCGGCGCUUCUCACAGAAGUCGGCGCUGACCAAACACGGCCGCACGCACACGGGCGAGCGGCCCUACGAGUGCCCCGAGUGCGACAAACGCUUCUCGGCCGCCUCGAACCUGCGGCAGCACCGGCGACGGCACACGGGCGAGAAGCCGUACGCAUGCGCGCACUGCGGCCGCCGCUUCGCGCAGAGCUCCAACUACGCACAGCACCUGCGCGUGCACACGGGCGAGAAGCCGUACGCGUGCCCGGACUGCGGACGCGCCUUUGGCGGCAGCUCGUGCCUGGCGCGCCACCGACGCACGCACACGGGCGAGCGGCCCUACGCUUGCGCCGACUGCGGCACGCGCUUCGCUCAGAGCUCGGCGCUGGCCAAGCACCGGCGCGUGCACACGGGCGAGAAGCCGCACCGCUGCGCUGUGUGUGGCCGUCGCUUCGGCCACCGCUCCAACCUGGCGGAGCACGCGCGCACGCACACAGGCGAGCGGCCCUACCCCUGCGCCGAGUGCGGCCGCCGCUUCCGCCUAAGCUCGCACUUCAUUCGCCACCGACGCGCACACAUGCGGCGCCGCCUGUAUAUCUGCGCCGGCUGCGGCAGGGACUUCAAGCUGCCCCCUGGCGCCACGGCCGCCACUGCCACCGAGCGUUGCCCGGAGUGCGAGGGCAGCUGAGUCCCGCAGGGCUGCGAAGGGGCGCGCUGGGGCUUCGACCUGGCUGCACUAACCCAGGCUCCUCCUCGCCCCGGCCUCCGGGUCUGGGAAAUUGAGGGGACGGCAGGCCCGGCUGCCCUGGAACUGGGAGACAGGGAGAAUCCCCUGCCGGGGUCCCUGGAAACAGUGCCCACCCCACAUCACUACAUUCUCUUGGCCCGUGUUAGUGAAUAAAGUAUUAUAUCCUCACCCCACCCGUGCCUGUGAGUGAGGUGGGUGGGAGAGGAAGAAAGUUGGGGUUCUCCAGGCUCAGGUGCUAAGUGAGUUGUCAAGGAACCAAAUGGGGAUGUAAACCUAAAAGGGGUUCCCGGCACCUCGGUUUGUGUUGGUUGGAGGUGAUCGCACACUUGGCCCUUGGUUACGUCCUCAUAACCUUAGAUCUGAAAGGGCCCAUAAAUAUACUAUGUUCAAGAUCAGACACGCACUGCAUUCGGCAGAGCUCCAGUGAGCAAGGCACGACCCUCAGAUCUCAGUCUAGUGAAGGAGAGAAAACUGUAGUAACACUACGUUAAAGGUUUUAACUGCUUUGUUAUGUAAGCUUACCCAGCCCGACGCACAGUGACUCACGCCUGUAAUCCCAGCACUUUGGGAGGGCGAAGCUAGAAGAUCACUUGAGGUUAGGAGUUCGAUACCAGCCUGGCCAACAUGGUGAAACCCGGUCUCUACUAAAAAUACAAAAAUUAACUGGGUGUGGUGGCGGGCGCCUGUAAUCCCAGCUACUGAGGGGGCUGAGGCAUGAGAAUCACUUGAACCUGGGAGACAAAGGUUGCAAUGAACCGAGAUAGUGCCAUUGCACUCCGGCCUGGGCAACAGAGGAAGACUGCCUCAAACAAACAAAAAACAACAAACCAAACCAAACCAAAAAAAUCUCAAAGCGAUUGGACCUAGCAGCUCAUGCCUGUAAUCUCCAGCACUUUGGGAGGCGGAGGCAGGAGGAUCUCUUGAAGUCAAGAGUUUGAGAUCAGCCUGGAGAACAAAGUGAGACCCCCAUCUAUUAAAAAAAGAAGAAAAAAGGCUGGGCAUGGUGAGGCACACUUGUAGUCACAGCAAAUGAGGAGGCUGAGGUGGGAGGAUCACUUGAGCACAGGAGGUCGAGGCUACAGUGAGCUACUAUUGUGGCACUGCACUCCAGGCUGGGCGACAGAGUGAGGCUGUCUCAAAAAUAAAUAAAAAUUUAAAAUUCCAAAGUUAUAAAAAAUUAUUUUCUCUUGUUUUCUACUGUGCAACCCACUUCAGUGCCAGCAGCCUACAGGCAUAGAGGCCAGGCAAUGGUUGGGGCUACAGUUUGCUCUGGCAUGGGGUACUAUGAGAGGCCUAGGGAAUCCAGCCCAUCAUAAAUCCAAACCCAUGUGUUGUUUUAAAUUUAUUUUGGGCCGGGUAAGGUGGCUUACGCCUGUAAUCCCAGCAGUUUGGGAGGCUGAGGCAGGCGGAUCACCUGAGGUCAGGAGUUCGAGACUAGCCUGGCCAACAUGGUGAAACCCUAUCUCUACUAAAAAUACAAAAAUUAAUUAGCCUGUAAUCCCAGCUACUCAGAAGGCUGAGACAGAGUGAGACUCCAUCUCAAAAAAACAAAAAACAAAAACAUCAGCUGGGCGUGGUGGCAGACGCCUGUAAUCCCAGCUACUUGGGAGGCUGAGGCAGGAGAAUUGCUUGAACAUGGGAGGUGGAGGUUGCAGUAAGCUGAGAUCACACCAUUGCACUCCAGCCUGGGUGACAAGAGUGAGACUCUGUCUCAAAAAAAAUAGUAAUAAAAAAUAAAAAUAAAUUUAUUUAUUUUGUAGAGACAGGGUCUCGCUAUGGUGCCCAGGCUGGUCUCCAUAUCCUGGCCUCAAGCAAUCCUUCCACCUCUGCCUCCCGAAGUGCUGAGAUCAGGCAUGAGCCACCAUGCCUGGCUAGGUAAAUCUUUUCUGUCCAUUUUUGCUACAGCCAAUGAAUGGCAGAGACAAGUAAAUAGGCACUUGCAGUCCAGUGUCAACUGGUGCUAUGAUGGAGGAAGAUAGGCUCUUUUCAGAGGUGAUGUUUAAGUUGGGUCUGGAAGGUGAAGCUGGGGUUCGGGAAGUGUGGAGAGAGCCCCUAAAGCUGCAUUCCAGGGUCAUUAGAGCUUGCAAAUGUUCCCUGGGGUGGAAUGGGGGGACAAAAAGCAAGAGGGUUUUGGAAGUGAGGUUAAAGUAUCCAAGGUAGCAAAGCCUUGAGGGCUUAGAGGGGAAGGAUGGAUCUGACAUCUGUAGGGAGCUGGAACUCAUAGCAGUGGACCUGGGGUUGAGGGAAAGGAGAUGGGACUGACUUCAUUUCUUAGCUUGGGUGACUGCAGGACAGUGUCACUGAGAUGGGGGUGCAGGAUGAAGAGCAACACAGGAGGUUAAGUGGGGCAAUUGUUACAUCCCAGUCUGGACAUGCUGAAUGUUAGGUCAGCAUGAGGGAGGGGAUUGGCAAUAAUAGCUUAGAGAUAUCAGGUCUGGAGUUCGUCUGGAGUCCAUGACACCAUGUCCAGAAGAAAGCACUCAAGAAGAGUCUUGAAAGUGGCCAGGCGCAGUGGCUCAUGCCGGUAAUCCCAGCACUUUGGGAGGCUGAGGGAGGAGGAUCACUUGAGGCCAGGAGUUCAAGACCAACUUGGGCAAUAUGGUAAGACCCCGUCUCCACUAAAAAUAAGGAAAAAUAGCCAGAGGUAGGAAGAAAACCAGGUAAGCAUCUUAUCUGGGAAAUCUAGAGGAAAGUGUUUCAGGGAGAGUGGAGGAUCAGCUGCUGCUCUGGUGCCCGCUGCAUUUGUCAUGAGGGUGGGGAAAGUGGUGAGAGUCGUUUCAGUGGAGGGGGGUGAAAACCAGCCAGGAGGCAAGGUUGUAAAUGGGAUGGUGGGGAAGCAGAUUGGGGGAAUUUAGCCAACCCUUUGAAGAUACUGCUCGAGGUUUGAUGGUUUCACUUUUGGCAACAGGGAAGGGAUUCAUAUAUGCUUUCUGCACGGGAAGAAAGGGCUAAUGCAGAGAAGCUGAUCAUACAGAAGGGAAAGCAGACACCCAAUUAAAGAGAGGAAGGAAUCAGGGCUUCAUAAGGAUGCGGAUCCCAUUAUCACUGGACAGCCAGAAGAAAGGCGGGUUUGGGCACAUAAUCUGAUGCGCUGUCUUACCUGGGAAAUAAGAAUGGGAGUCAAUGGAUAAGAAAUAUAAGAGAGUGAGGCCAGGAAAGGAGAAUGCCUCAUUUUACUGAGAUGCAGACUGCCUCAGAGAGGCAGCAAGUCAGUGACCAUUGUAGAUUCUUUUUUUUUUUUUUUUUGAGACGGAGUCUCGCUCUGUCCCUCAGGCUGGAGUGCAGUGGCACGAUCUCGGCUCACUGCAAGCUCCGCCUCCUGGGUUCACGUCAUUCUGCCUAAGCCUCCCAAGUAGCUGGGACUACAGGUGCCUGUCACCACGCCCGGCUAAUUUUUUGUAUUUUUAGCAGAGACGGGGUUUCAUUGUGUUAGCCAGGAUGAUCUUGAUCUCCUGACUUCAUGAUCCGCCCGCCUCAGCCUCCCAAAGUGCUGGGAUUACAGGUGUAAGCCACUGCACCCGGCUGACCAUUGAAGAUUCUGAAAGCACAGAUGUCCACUGGUGUACGUGGGGGACUGUUUCCAGGACACACCCCCACCCCCACCGUGUACACAAAUCCACGCAUACUCAAGCCCCAGUCAGCCCUGCGGAACCCACAUAUGGGAAAAGCUGGUCCUCCACAUACAUGGGUUUUGCAUCCCACAAAUACUGUAUUAUUGAACCAUGUCUGGUUUAAAAAAAGUUCAACCAAAUGUGGACUUACACAGCUCAAACCCGUGUUGUUCAAGGGUCAACUGCAGUUUAAAAGUCCUUUCCCCUACAUUAGCCUACCCUGUGACGGAGGCAGCCAGAGGUAUCUCAGAAAAAAGUGAUGUGCCCAAAGUCACACAACAGGCAAAUCUUACACACUCAACACUUUCUUUUUUUUUUUUUUUUGAGACGGAUUCUCGCUCUGUCACCCAGGCUGGAGUGCAGUGGCAUGAUCUUAGCUCACUGCAACCUCUGACUCCCGGGUUCAAGCAAUUCUCCCUGCCUCAGCCUCCGGAGUAGCUGGGAUUACAGACACCCGCUACCACACCCAGCUAAUUUUUGUAUUUUUAGUAGCGAUAGGGUUUCACCAUGUUGGCCGGGUUGGUCUCGAACUCCUGACAUCAGGGGAUCCACCUGCCUCAGCCUCCCAAAGUGCUGGGAUUACAGGCGUGAGCCACCACGCUCGGCCCUCAACACUAUCUUUAGGUGGAGAGGAAAAACAAUAAAUUGGCCUUGGUGUGGCAGGGUGGGUAGCCUUUACUUUUACCAAGGAGGACGCCCUAUUUCGCCCCACAUCAGAGACCUGACCCUGAUUUCCUGCUCUGGGCCCCUGAUAGUUGAGUUAAAAAGGUAAAUAAGGCCAGGCGCGGGGACUCACGCCUGUAAUCCCAGCACUUUGGGAGGCUGAGGUGGGCGUAUCACGAGGUCAGGAGCUCGAGACCAGCCUGGCCAACAUAGUGAAACCCCAUCUCUACUAAAAUUACAAAAAUUGGCCAGAUAUGGUUGCAUGCACCUUUAAUCCCAGCUACUUGGGAGGCUGAGGCAGGAGAAUCGCUGGAACCUGGGAGGCGGAGGUUGCAGUGAGCUGAGAUCACGCCACUGCACUCCAGCCUGGGUGACAGAGCGAGACUCAGUCUCAAAAAAUAUAUAUAAAUAAAUAAAAAUAAAAAGGCAAACGACUGGGCACGGUGGCUCAGGCCUGUAAUCCCAGCACUUUGGGAAGCCAAAGUGGGCAGAUCACCUAAGGUCAGAAGUUCAAGACCGGCCUGGCCAACAUGGUGAAACCCCAUCUCUACUAAAAAUACAAAAAAGUAACCGGGCGUGGUGGCGGGCACCUGUAGUCCCAGCUACUAGGGAGGCUGAGGCAGGAGAAUGGUGUGAACCCGGGAGGUGGAGCUUGCAGUGAGCCGAGAUCGCACCACUGCACUCCAGCCUGGGCGAAAGAGUGAGACUCCGUCUCAAAACAAUUAAAAAAAAAAAAGGCUGGGCGUGAUGGUGGGCACCUGUAAUCCCUGCUACUGGGAGGCUAAGGCAUGAGAAUCGCUUGAACUCAGGAGGCAGAGGUUGCAGAGAGCCGAGAUCAUACCGCCGCACUCCAGCCAGGCCUACAAGAGCAGGACUCUGUCUCAAAAAAAAAAAAAAAAAAAAAAAAGGAAAA